UGAUUUGACAUUUCUGUGGCUGACAUUGAUUGGACAUUCGACGGGGAGACUAUUUUUGGACUGCGCCAUCGCGAUCUUGGUCUUCUCCCUCGUCUCCAUCCUCGCCGUGCUCCUUCGCCAUCUCCUUAUCCGUGGCAUAUUCCCAUGUGCGUGCUCAAGGAGGGACCUCUCGUCUAUCUAUGCGGUCCCUCCCUCCUCUCUCACAUGUGUGGUGUAUGAUGGGGUGUCGCGUCAGUAUCUGACAGGAUUUCGUCAGAGGCUAUCCUUAUGAUUGUGGUGCAUCUCUCGCGUCAAGUCUCCUGAAUCAUCGCUGCAGAGGGUAUAAUCUUCUGGUCAGAAUGUGUGUGUGAGUGCUCUUCGACUCAGCUGCAGUGAAGCAAGAUGGAAACAGGCAACCCAGCACCUCUGCAACUCUGCUAAACAGCAAUCCUUCUUGGGUGUGAUCUUGUAGUUUGUGAAGGACCCUUGUGAAAAUCUGUUUAGCAAAAGUGCAACAAAAAAUCCUCAGGACAAGCUUACUGCCUGCUGCCUGCCAUUGACUGGAUUCCACAGAGUGUGUGGGUGGAUUCGGUGAUCCGCACCGGGUGUCCUCAGGGGAAGUAUGGCGAGAUGCCACCGCUUUCACAAUGACCCUGCGGACCCGGCUAUGCAGUUCUCAGAGCUAGGGGGGGCUACAAACAAGGUGCCCAGGGGGCCCCUGCGAAAGGAGUUGUGCUUAGAGCCAAUUUUCAGCGAAUGGAUAUGCUGCCUCUGCGCAGAUCUCCUUCAUGACCCUGUUUCCAUCUUCCCUUGUCAGCAUGAGGUUUGUGCUGCAUGCUUUGCAUCACAUUGCUACAGCUCGAGUAGCAUGUCUGUGACCUCUGGAAGAUGCCCAGUUAAGGGUUGCACGAACUGGCACAUCAGCGGGUCAGUGCCAGCUCGGGAUACAGCCACACGUAUUGCUGCUCUGAGAGUUCGCUGCCCAAAUGGGCUCUCAUUUGAUGUCACGGAGUACAGGUACCGGCGCAUAUCUGCACGAGGAUCCCAACCGAUGCCCUCCUAUGCAGCAGUGCCUGGGCAGUCGUUGUUUUCUCCACCUGGAUGGGGAGGAGGAGGAGGAUUUCCACCAGCAGCUGUCUAUGGCAUGCCUGGACCUGCUCCAGAAGGCGGAGCUGGCGCUCCUCCAGCCGUAUGUAGAGAGGAUAUCACAUUUGCCACGCUUGAAGAACAUCUCCAAGUGUGUGGUUUUGCACUGCAAGUGUGCAGGAACAAAGCAUACGGCUGUACCAAAGUUGUGAUGCGUCAAGAAGUAAUUGCCCAUGACCAGCAAUGUGAGUGGCGCCUGGUCGCCUGUGCGUCUUGCAGCACACGCGUCCCAUUGGCGGAGAUGGAGGAGCACAGGCGCACCUUCUGCCUUUCUUCUAUCAUCCCUUGUGAGUACAAGGAUCUCGGGUGUGACCUCAGUCUACCGAGGAUCGACAUGCCUGCUCACGUGCAGGCUUGCGUUUUCAAGUAUUCCGAGGUUCAAACUCUGCUGAAAGAGUUUGAAAAGGAAAAAAGGUGUUUUGAGGAGACCCUGAACAACGCGAGACAAGAGACUUCAGGGUUUCAGGCGCAAUUUGACUACUACAGCAGAAAAAUCCUGGAGGUUAAGGCAGAGAUUCAAAGCAUGGCAAGCGCAUAAAGAGGGUUUAAACCGCAAGUACGUGUCAGCCAUCAGCCGGGGCCACCUUUCGGAGGCGCCCAUGGUCGAUUUAUUUUAUCGACGGUGCGCAAGCCUCCGGAAUUUUAGUAGAGAGGCUUAAUCGGACUCUCAACUUGGCUGGGGCCAUGUACUGAUGCCUUAAGAGAUCCGGAAGAUGGAAGGUGCACUGCAUAUGCAUGUGUGUGGCAAAUAGGAAUCUCUUCAUAGUAUCAAAGGUAAACAAGUCAUUGUGCGAAGAACCCGACGGUGCUAUUUGAAAAUAUCCUUAAAACCACCAGUUCACGUGAGCCUAAUAUGCUGAACGAAGCAACCUUCCACGGCUGACGAGUCUCCGACUGCUUUUCUCGACAGUGGCCUACCACGUUCGCUACCGGCCCGGGCCCAAAGCGUCAUGGCCUUACCACGU